AUGUCUGAGCUUGCUGGAGAGAGCACCUUGGAUGUACCAGGAGCCGGCUGUGAAACCAGCUGCUCGAGGGCUGGCGUGGGUGACGUGCUGGUGCUCCCUGGGGAGAAUACUUUGAGGCAGGAUGUGGGCAGCCCAUCCCAGCUCCCACCGAACAAGGAGGAGAGCGCUGCAGGAGCCAGGCAUCCCUGUGGGGAGGGCAUCCCGGUGCCUGCUGUGGGGGGAGUGGGCAGCACCUCUGCCUGCACAGACGACAGCACUGGGGCUGAGAGCAGCCUGCCGGCUGCUGGCGAGGAGCUGGGACAGACGAGGACACAGGCUCACUGCAGCAGCACCGGAGCAAAAGGUAAAGAGGAAGAGGGAGGUUUCCACAGCGGCUCCCCAAAGGCAGAGCAGGCCAGUGCCGGCACCCCCAGCCAGGCCAGCCCAGGCACCGAGGAGAGCUGGGACGCACUGUUCAACGACGAUGGGGACUGCCUGGACCCGCGCCUGCUGGAGGAGCUCUUGGGGGGUGAGAAGCACCAGGAGAGCCAGCAGUCACCCCGCUUCGACUACUAUGGGGCUGAGCCUGCCGCACCAGACCUCAGCGAUGACGAGCUGCCCCACGUCAUCGAGAUCUAUGAUUUCCCCUCGGAUUUCCGCACUGAGGACCUGCUACGUGUCUUCUGCAGCUAUCAGAAAAAAGGCUUUGAUAUUAAGUGGGUGGACGAUACACACGCUCUGGGCAUCUUCUCUAGCCCCAUAACAGCAUGCGAUGCCCUCAGCACCAAGCACCUGAUGGUGAAGACUCGCCCACUCUCCCAGGGUACCCGCGCCUCUAAAGCCAAAGCCAGAGCGUACGCUGACUACCUGCAGCCAGCCAAGGAGCGCCCUGAAACGUCGGCAGCCCUGGCCAGGCGGCUGGUGAUCGGUGCCCUGGGGGUGCGCAGCAACCAGACGCCAGCCCAGCGAGAUGCCGAGCGGAGGAAGCUGCAAGAAGCCCGGGAGAGGAAGCGCCUGGAGAACAAGCAGCGGGAGGAUGCCUGGGAGGGCCGGGACUGA